AUGACCGCCAGAGAGUCCCGACAGUUUGUUGAGGAAUGUCUGCUGAUCAUUGUAUCCUGUUUUCUUCCACAACAAAAUUUUGAAGCCAAAACUGGUGCCUUUUAUCUAAUGUACAGCUUUUAUAUGACUCAGCCAGUAACACCAAAAUCUAAGAUCCGGAUAACUAUUAAAGACUGGGCCACACUUAACAGUUUUAUUGAGGAAGCUAUUUCCAAAAAGCUUCAUGAUGUUGAAUUUAUCUUUCAUAAACUUUGUUCAUUGAAGGCCUUUCUCUAUGUCGCCCCACCAAAUGAAAUGUCACAAGGUCAGUGUAUUAUUGAUCCAUCAGAUGAUGACGAUACUUAUAUGGGCAAAUUAUUCAGUCAAAAGUCAACACUGGAAACCAUUUUCUCCAAUGACAAUAUUGAGCAAUUAUCUGCUGUCCACAAUCAGUAUCAGGAAAUGAAGUGUAUUCUUUCAGGAAUUGAAAUGCCAUCACCAGAUUCUUCAAUCAAUGUGCUCGAUGUAAAUACUGCCACAAAGAUUGCUGAUCUGAUGAAAACAUUUAAGAAUGACCCACAUUAUCCUAGAAUGACACAAACUGACCAGAAUCCGAAAAAAGAAGUCAAUAAAACUACCAGUAAAAAAAAGAUGUCAAAAGACAACACUUCAGCCUCUCAGAAGAAUGAAGCAAAAACAAAAGAAACUGCAGAAACCAGUUCAGCCAGUAUUUCCCUUCAAGUUGAAAUGUCAAGUGAAGAUGAAGACAAUUAUUUAGGUGGAACCUUUUUUAUUUACUGUUCAUUGCUGGAAGAAGGUGAAAGAAAAUAA